CAAACGUUUUUAUUCACUCAGGAAUGAUAAAAGCAUUCAAGACUAUUUUAGCCACGGCAAAAUGAUAAAAAUGGGCGGAUCAUAAUCAUCAUUUAUAAUUUUUUGUUUUUAACUUCAUCUGAUAUGCUGGAAGAUGGACCAACAGCUUUUCAGGGAUUUGAAUGAAAUUCAUGCCAGAUUAUUUGAUCAUCGACCAAUUUUACAGGGCCAUAUAAACUACUUUGUGAGAGAAUUUGAGGAAAAACGAAAUGAUCAUGAAAUAGAAAGACUGAAGAAAUUAAAUGAAGACAUCAGGGAUAUGAAAGAUGAACUUUUACCACAAUCAACAAAAGGAAUGGACCUUUUUCUGGCAAAUCUUACUGCCAAAUUGAAAGUAGCAACAGAAGUGUGUAAUAAAGUUGAGAACAAAGAGAACAGUAUGGAUACGGAGUUUUUGGAAAAGGAACGCGUCCAGAGGAAAGAUGAAUGGAUAGAGUUCUUGGGACAGCAGGCAAAAACGUGUGAAGAAAUUGACGAGGAAUUUACUGAGCAAGCAGGAAUUCUGGCUAGACAUUAUGCUGAACUUGAGAAAAAUUUAAAAACAGUUAACAGCUCAGUGCCAUAAGCAUUCCAUUUUGAACUGAACCUUCAAGUUUCACUUUUCUAGCAUGUACAGUAGCUGAUACACCUGUACUAGUAAUGUUUAUAAAUUAAAGAUAUUUGUAUUUGUACUAUUUUAGUACAUAAAAAAAUUAAAUAUUUUCAAAAUGUGUAUGUUUGUGUUUAAUAUUAUAUAAGUGCAAUAAACUUAUUUGUUGAUUAUA